AUGGGAUUCUCCAAAACCUUUCUGUCUCUUUUCUUGUUCUUCAUUUUAUUUUCUUUAUCUUAUGCAACUUCUCGCAUAACACAUCAACAACGUUUUCCAUCAACCACAAAAUUUUCAUCAAAUCGACUAGCUGAACAACUUAUAAGAAGCUUUAACUUAUUCCCAAAGGAUUCAGCUAAUAUACAUGGUGAAUACUCUAUUGAUGAUUUCAUCCCCGGAAAUAUCGUAGAGAAGACGUUUUCGUUUCUCGCUAGUUCUAAUGGAACUUCUGUUGAAGAUCUUGGUCACCAUGCUGGAUACUAUUCGCUUCCUCGUUCCAAAUCUGCAAGAAUGUUCUAUUUUUUCUUUGAAUCAAGAAAUGGUGCUAAGGAUGCACCAGUUGUGAUAUGGUUGACAGGAGGACCAGGUUGUUCCAGUGAACUAGCUUUGUUUUAUGAGAAUGGUCCUUUUAAAAUCAACAAUGAUUUGUCUCUUUCAUGGAAUGAUUAUGGUUGGGACAAGGAAUCAAAUAUUAUUUUUGUUGAUCAACCCAUUGGGACAGGUUUUAGCUACAGUUCUGAUGAAAAUGAUAUUCCUACGGAUGGAAGUGGUGUUAGCAAUGAUUUGUACGCUUUCUUGCAGGCAUUUUACAAGGAACACCCUGAAUUGGUUAAGAAUGAAUUUUAUAUUACUGGAGAAUCAUAUGCUGGACACUAUAUUCCAGGUCUUGCUUCCCGAGUUCACAAAGGAAACAAAAACAAAGAAGGAAUUCCUAUAAACUUCAAGGGUUUUGCUAUUGGUAAUGGGUUGACCAACCCAGGAAUUCAGUACCAAGCAUACACUCAGUUUGCAGUUGAUAACAAAUUGAUCACAAAGGAAGAUCAAGCUGAUAUCAACAAGUUGGUUCCAGAUUGUGUAGAUGCCACCAAAACAUGCGAGAGUGAAGGUGGAGAAAGUUGCGAAACAGCCUUACAACAAUGUCAACAGAUAUUUACUAAUAUCUUGGACAUUGCUGGCAACAUUAACUACUAUGACAUCAGAAAGAAAUGUGAAGGACAAUUGUGUUAUGAUUUCUCAAAUUUGGAGACAUUUUUAAAUGAGAAGACAGUUAGGGAUGCGUUAGGCGUUGGGAACAUAGAGUUUGUUUCAUGCAGCAGUGCAGUGCAUAAUGCUUUGGUUCAAGAUUGGAUGUUAAACUAUGAAAAAGAUAUUCCAACACUUCUUGAGGAUGGAAUCAAAGUUCUUAUAUAUGCCGGAGAAUUUGAUCUUAUUUGCAAUUGGCUUGGGAAUUCACAAUGGGUUCACGCGAUGAAGUGGUCAGGUCAAGAACAAUUUGGGGCCUCCAAAACAGUUCCUUUUUUGGUUGAUGGUAAAAACGCGGGAUUGUUGAAUAGCUAUGGACCUCUCUCUUUUCUAAAGGUGAAUGGUGCUGGACAUAUGGUUCCUAUGGAUCAGCCAAAAGCUGCACUUCAGAUGUUGGUUAACUGGAUUGAAGGGAACCUGAACCAGACAAAAAUUUAA